UUAUAUUACUAAAGUCAAUGAUAAUGAGCAAAAGAUGAGGACUAAUUGAUAAGUAUCAAAAUAUUGUAAUGUUCAAGAACAAGAACAAGUCUUCAAAGUUGAUACAAAUGCAAAUCCUCAAAAUUUCAAUCCUCUUCCUCCUAAUUAUAAUCCUUUCGUUCUUAGGCACGACGAAUUUCAAUCAUGAAAGCUCAAAGAUGGUUGAUCAUUGCUUAAUACAAGUAUGUAGCUACAAAGAACCGGUGUCGCGGUACGUUCAAUUUCCAUUUGUGAUCAAGAAUGAUUCCAUGCCAUGGUUUUGUGGGUAUCCAGGGUUUGAUUUGAUAUGCAAUGGAAAUGAUAAGCUACUAAUCGACCUACCUAAUUUAGGAUCUUUUUCUAUUGAAGAAAUUGACUAUGUUAAUCAAGUGUUAUGGCUUAAUGAUCUUGAUAAUUGUCUUCCAAAAAAGCUUCUUUCGAUUAAUGGUUCAAGUUUUAUGGGUAAUAAUUCUCCUUUUAAUCCUUAUUUAGAGCAAGAUUAUUGGUUUUAUAAUUGCUCUAAUGAUUUCUUUAAUUCUUCGGAUAAUCUAAACAUUACGCUAAUUGGGUGUCUUAGUAGUACAAAUUAUGGGGUUUUUGCAAGUCUUAAGGAGAAAAUUGUUGAGGGUAAUUCCUCUUUGUGUAGAAAAAUUGGACCUAUUAAAGUUCCUAUAGGACCCAAUAAAGAGGACUAUUCUUUAAAUUUAAGGAGUGAUAUUAGGCUCACUUGGUCUCAACCUAAUGAAUGUGCGAAAUGUUAUGGGAGAAAUGGUCGAUGUAAGUUCAAGAACAAUUCUAACGUGGAAGUGGAAUGUUUCAAUCUUCCUAACCAUGGGCUAACAAGACAAGCAAUAAUUGCCAUUGCCUUGGCAUUUGCUACACCAUUAGUGUUGGUUACAUUUUGUAUGCUAUACUUCAUAUUAAAGGCGGUUAAUCAACGACGAGGGCUUGUAGGCGCUGCACUCGCCCAAGCAGGAUCAGAGGAUCCGCAGCCUCAAACUAUUAUCCAGCAGGGUCUAAAUCGAGACAUAAUCGAGUCAUACCCGAAGGUAGUCCUAGGUGAAAGUCGAAGACUACCCAAGGCAGAUGACAUGUAUUGUCCAAUAUGUUUGGGUGAAUACAUGCCUAAGGAAAGCUUAAGGACAAUACCAGAUUGUGGUCAUUGUUUUCAUGUUGAUUGCAUUGAUGAAUGGCUUCAAUUGAAUGCAUCUUGUCCUGUUUGUCGAAAUUCUCCUUCUAAAACUACACAAAAUAAUGAUUGAUAAUAAGUACAUGUUGUACAUAGUCUUUAAAAGUGCAUAUUGUACAUAUACGAAGUAUGUUGUAGAAUAAUGGGAAAAUGGUUGUACUUUGUACAAAAUUUUGUUA